ACUUUUAAAAGUAAAUGGCCUGUUUAUUAUUUAGUUAUUUAAAAAAUUAGGUUGGCCUUUCUCUUAUUCCUUUUGUAAUAGGGUGUGGAAGAGUGGAUCUCAUGUAUUGAUCAUAGAAAUGGAAACUGGCACAUUGACUCUGGAAAAGUUUGGCGGUUUCUCUUACACACACACACACACACACACUCAGGCCUUUCCUGUCCUUUCCCUCCAUUCUUCCAAUAUAUAUGACAGGUUCAGUUGGAUCCAAAUUUAGGAUUUAUAUUGCUGUGAUUGUUGAUGCUUUUCGCAAUUGACACAUGUGGUAUAACAUUCUUUUUUUUACACAACUUUUAUUCUUGUGGAAGCUGUCACAGUUGCCUAUUCCUGGCCACUGGUCCUCAGAGCCCUGCCUUCCUCUCUGGACCCAGGAAAAGCUCUGUGCAGCCUAGGCUCCGCCCUUCCCUGGGCAUUGAUCUUCUCUCAAUUUCGCGGGCCUUAGUGGUCUUCCCACCCCAUUAUUCUUGCCCACGCCUAACUGGCGCGUUCCAGCGGUUUUCUUUCCUAAUCAGUGACCGUCAUCCCUGUGCCCUCAGAGCUUCUCGAACGUUGUUCUCCGUCCAAAAGUCGCUUCAAACCCAUUUCUGCUGGAAACUCCCCCGAGGAGGCUUCUGUGAGUUCUGUGCUGUACAAAUACCUCCACUCCCUGUUAACAGGAUCACGCCAACCGAGCCGUGUCCUAAUUUUAAUUUUCCAGUCCGCUCGCUGAAAGGGAUUUUCCCCGCACCGUUUUUUGCCUGGCGUAAGCUCCAGCUUUGCUCCUCCCACCUGUGCGUUUCUGCCCAGACUGACCGGCCCUUUCACUUUCCCAGCCGCCCCUGCCGGCGGGCGCGGAAUCGGGCUCUUGGCGCCCCGUAGGGCCGAGAUCCAAGAUGGCUGCCCCCACGGGGCAUGGCCAGGGUGCGGCCAUGUUGCCGCAGCGGCAAAGCCGGGGUCCAGUUGUCUUUUCUCUAGAAAUGCUUCAGACCCUUGUUGGCCGCAGCCCCGCGGUGCUGAGGGACGCGGACGAAGUUCAGCGAAGUAAGUUCAGGUGCCGGUCGGUCGCAGUGGUGUGUGGCGAGAAUCAGGUGCGUUCGCGGACUGUGGCCGGGGAGGGUUCGUCAGCGUCUGCCUGGGGUGGGUGGAAUUCUUGCGGGAGGAGACCGUGGGUGGGUGUUCUUCCGUGUUAGGGCGUGCGCUGGCGGUGCCCGGGGUCUCGGUCAGGAGGUGCUCUCGUAGUUCGUGGCCUGUAGGUGCUGGCUCCCCAGGGACAAGAGGAAUCCAGGGAAAAAGGAGAAGAUUCCAAGACUUAGGCAUCAGCAUUUCUGGGGAAACCUUUGACUGGAGACUGAGAUUUUUGAACAGAAAUUUAGAGCUGAUCCAGAAGAGCUAAAGACAGAGCAUCCCGGUUAGCAGCCAUUUCCCAAAAUCAGAAGAAGAUGAUCCAGGCCCAGGAAUCCCUGACAUUUGAGGACGUGGCCGUGGGCUUCUCCCGGGAGGAGUGGCGGCUCCUGGCCCCCGCCCAGAAGGACCUGUACCGGGAUGUGAUGCUGGAGAACUACAGGAACUUGGUGUCCGUGGGGUAUCUCGCCAGCAAACCAGAUGCACUCUCCAAGUUGGAAGGAGGAGAACUUUGGACAACAGAGGAUGAGAUCGACAGUCGAAUCUGCCCAGAAAUCAGGAAAGUUGAUGAUCCCCUGCAGUGUCAGUUACAAAAUCAAAGCAUUCAGAAGAGUGUGGAACAAUGCUGUGAACAUAAUACAUUUGCAAGCAUUUUUAACCAGAGUGAAAGUGAUUUUCUGUUGAAACAAAAUUAUGAUAUGUUUGAUUUACGUGAAAAACCUUUAAAAUCAAAUUCAAGUUUGGAAAGCCAGAGUAUAAGCUGUGAUUUGGAGAACUCUGCUGAAUUUCAUGAAGAUGGGAAAUCCCUUCUUUAUGGUAACCACGAACAAUUUUAUAGUGUAAAUAAAUUUCCUGCAGGUGUAAAACCCAUUAAUAAUAAUUCCCAGGUCAUGAAACAACAGAGAACUCAAAAUACGCAGAAAGCCCAUGUAUGCAGUGAAUGUGGGAAAGCCUUUGUCAAGGUGUCUCAGCUCACUGAUCAUCAGAGAGUUCAUACUAGAGAGAAACCUCAUGGAUGUGGUAUGUGUAGGAAAGCAUUCUCCAGAAAAUCCAGGCUAAUUGAACAUCAGAGAAUUCAUACAGGACUGAAACAUUAUGAAUGCACUGAAUGUGACAAAACAUUUCCUAAGAAAUCACAAUUCAGCAUACACCAGAAAACUCAUAUGGGACAGAAGCCUUAUACAUGUAAUGAAUGCGGGAAGGCGUUCAUCAAGAAAUGUCGGCUCGUUUAUCAUCAGCGAACUCAUACAGGAGAGAAGCCCCAUGAAUGCAGUCUAUGUGAGAAAGCCUUCUCUACAAAGUUUAGUCUCACUACGCAUCAGAAAACUCAUACAGGAGAGAAACCAUAUAUAUGCAACGAAUGUGGAAAAGGCUUCAUUGAGAAGAGGCGUCUUGUUGCACAUCAUCGAACUCAUACUGGCGAGAAACCUUUUAUGUGCGAUGAAUGUGGGAGAGGUUUCACCCUGAAGAACAGUCUUCUCACACAUCAGCAAACUCAUACAGAAGAGAAAUUGUAUACAUGCAGUGAAUGUGGAAAAGGCUUCUCAAUGAAGCACUGUCUCAUCGUACAUCAGCGAACUCAUACAGGAGAGAAACCCUACACAUGCAGUGAGUGUGGAAAAGGCUUCACCUUGAAGAGUCCGCUCAUCAGACAUCAGCGAACACAUACGGGAGAGAAACCCUAUGUGUGUAGUGUAUGUGGAAAAGGCUUCACCAUGAAGAGUGAUCUCAUUGUACAUCAGCGAACUCAUACUGCAGAGAAACCAUAUAUAUGCAGUGAUUGCGGGAAAGGCUUCACCGUGAAGAGCCGCCUGAUUGUACACCAGCGAACUCAUACGGGAGAGAAACCCUACAUAUGCAGUGAAUGUGGGAAAGGCUUUCCAGCAAAGAUACGGCUGGUCGGACAUCAACGAACUCACACGGGAGAGAAGCCCUAUAUAUGCAGUGAAUGUGGAAAAGGCUUCACAGAGAAGAGUCAUCUCAAUGUGCACAGGCGCACUCAUACAGGAGAGAAACCCUAUAUAUGCAAUGAGUGUGGCAAAGGCUUAACUGGGAAAAGCAUGCUCGUUGCACAUUUGCGAACUCAUACCGGGGAAAAACCGUAUAUAUGCAGUGAGUGUGGAAAGGGCUUCACCAUGAAGAGUACUCUAGGUAUACAUCAGCAGACUCAUACCGGAGAGAAGCCAUACAAAUGCAACGAAUGUGAUAAAGCCUUCCGGAAGAAGACCUGCCUCGUACAACAUCAGAGAUUUCACACGGGAAAAACCUCCUUUGCAUGUACCGAAUGUGGAAAAUUUUCUUUGCGCAAAAAUGAUCUCAUCACCCAUCAGAGAAUUCACACAGGAGAGAAACCAUUUGAAUGCAGGGAAUGUGGGAAAGCCUUCACGACCAAGUCAGGGCUCAAUGUUCAUCAAAGAAAACAUACCGGAGAGAGGCCCUAUGGAUGCAGUGAUUGUGGGAAAACUUUUGCCCACUUGUCAAUCCUUGUUAAACACAAGAGAAUUCACAGAUAGUCACUUUGGGAAAACCUGUUGCCAGUUGUAGGCCCUCAAGAUAAUAUUUUGCAAUGAAGAAUGAAUGCAAAGAAUGGUAUUAUCUUUAGUGAUCAGUUGUGUCACAUUUUAUGUUGACAAAAAACUUACAAAACUGCUCGCGCAGUCAGCCUUGAUGAAAAUAUCUUAGGACAUUAUACAUCUAAAAAGUGUUGACUAAGAUAGAUUCUAUGAAUGUGACAGACUAGGAAAGCCUUCGGUGGGAAGAAGCCCUAUCACGUGAUCAUCACAGAUCAUGAACGACUAGGAAAGCCUUUGCCCAGAAGUUAAGACCUCAGUAGAUGUUAAUUCACACUAGAGAAGUACUUUCCUAUGGUAAUAAAUAUAGUCCGGUCUUGAAGUAACAUAUUUGCCAGGAAAUCCACACAGAAAUAACUUAGGAACACGUUCAAUGUGGUGGACUUUAGCAAAAUACCAGACAACUUAAGGAAAGAGGCCUUGGAGAAAUGAUGCAUGAGAGCAUUCUGUCAUAUGUCUAACAUAACAGAUAAUACACCUCUCAGACAUUGAGAACAGGAUACCUUCAGCCAUAUGUCUGACUGCCUUGUCAUUGAUGUUAUCAAUUUUAAAUUGUGGCAGUUACUCUUAUCAUGUAUUAAAUUUUAAUAUGUACAACACAGGAGUGUUCUAUGAGUGUUCUCUGCCUGUUUCAUUAUAUAAUUAACCCUUGAGUUUCUUUGUUCCAAGUUUAAUUGUUAUUACCAAAUACUUGAAGUACUUCAGAAUGAAACGAUAUAUUCAUAUGUGUAACUCAAUAUAUUUGGAUGUGUUUAACCAAGUUCAUAAGCAGCAUCAAGUGGUUUAUAAAAUUAAUGUAAAUGCAA